GCAGAACAGUGCCCAUUCAGCCGAAACGUUGCAGCCAGUCGCUCAUCCAAAAUGGAGGUCUGCUGGGCAUGCCGCUCGUGCCUCCAUUUCCGCGCUGCACUAAUGCAACGCUGACCGCCGAACGCAAGGAGCUGCCUAUAUACACAAAGCGCCAGCGUAUUUUCCAACUGCUUGAGAUGUCGCAGGUACUUAUUGUUAACGGCGCCACAGGCUCCGGCAAGUCGACCCAACUGCCACAGUAUCUGCUCGAGGAUGCGGCAGUCAUGAAAAAACCAGUGCGCAUUGUGGUCAGCCAGCCGCGUCGCAUUGCCGCCAUCAGUGUGUCCGGGCGCAUUGCCGAAGAACGCGGCGAGGUGGUCGGCGAAACCGUGGGCUAUAUUAUACGAAUGGAGAGCAGGUACAGCAAUAAUACUGCGCUGGCACUGACCACUAGUGGGUGCCUGCUGCGCACCCUGGCCAUGCAAGGGCCCGAGUUCUUUGAAAACACAACACAUCUGGUUAUUGAUGAGGUCCACGACCGCGAUCUGGACACAGACUUCCUACUACUAGCAAUUAAGUUGGAGCUCGAGCGUAACAAGUCGCUCAAAGUGAUAUUGAUGUCGGCCACCAUGGAUCUGUUGGCCUUGUCCAAAUACUUUGAUGAUGCACCCGUCCUUAAUGUGGAGGGUCGUAGCUUCAAUGUGCGCGUCUAUUCGCUGGAGGAUAUACUGCACAUUACUGGCUACUUGACUCCGCAGAUGAAGUGUCUGCUGGGCGAUCGCAAGAAUCUUGAUGGCGAGCAGCUGAUGCGCACCUAUGCCCUGGCUCACAAAAACAACGAGCAGGAUAUUGACAACUCGUUGAUAGUGUCGUUGUUGCAGGUGCUGCUGCUCAUGGGCAAGAAGGGCGCCGUUAUUGUCUACUUGCCUGGCUACCAGGACAUGAUCAAAUUGAUGGAUAUGGUUCAUUCGUCUCUGCCUAAGAACAUGAUCAAGGUUAUGCUACUGCACAGCCAGGUCGACAGCCAGAGGCAGAAAGAUGUCUUUCGUGAAUAUACAAACGUCCAGCUCAAGGUGGUGCUCAGCACCAACAUUGGCCAGACCUCGAUCACCAUAAGCGAUCUGCUGUAUGUGGUCGAUACGGGUCGCGUCAAGAUGAAGACCUACGACCCAUCGACAGGCGCCUCACAUCUGGCCUGCACCUGGAUAUCCCAGGCGGACGCACAGCAGCGCACCGGACGUGCCGGCAGGCGUAAAGAUGGCAUUUGCUAUCGUCUGUAUAGCAACGCUCAGUUCCAGUCCUUCAGUUCCUUCACCGUGCCGGAGAUAUUGCGCCAUACUCUCGACGAGGUCUGUCUCUUGGCCAAGAUGGCAGCCCCGACCAAGCCAAUCGAAGAGUUCCUAUCCCAGGCUCUGGAUCGUCCGCAGUCCACCGCCAUUAUUAAGUCGUGCGCCAAGCUGAAGCUCUUGGGCGUGCUGCGCGACGUGGACGAGAGCGUCACUCAACUGGGCCGUAUCAUAGCCGAGCUGCCGCUGGAUGUGCAGCUGGCCAAGUGCAUGGUCUAUGGCAUCUACUACCAAUGCAUGGGCAGCCUGAGCAUCAUUACCGCCUACUACUCGGUGCGUGAUCCGUUUGUGCUGCCCAGCGAUCGCUCCGGACGCACCGAGCAGCGCAAGUCGCGCGACUUCUUUAGCAUUGAACCGUGCAGCGAUUCGAUUGGGAUCCUUCAGCUAUAUCAUGCCUACAUGUCCGCCGACAGAAAGGGCGGCCACGAAAUGGACAGAUUCUGCGAGAGGAACUGCCUCUGCCGCAAAUCCAUGGAUAAUUUCGUCGCAGCUGUGCAGAGCCUACGCCUCACUCUGAUGCGCAUAUUCAACUUCCCGAACAUGCGCAUGACCACCAGGUAUGACAACAACCUAAACAUGGUACGCCUUGCCCUGACAGCUGGCCUCUACCCGCGCAUCGCCCACGUCGAACAUUCGAAACACCCCCAUCUAGUCGAGGAGUUUGAUCUGCGUGUCCAGAUCUCCCGCAACUCUACCUUGCUGCCCUGUUUCUCAAGGCGCCCCAAGAGCACCAUGAACGAAUGGGUCGUUUACGUGGAGAAGACACGUUCAGCCGGCUUCGUCUCGCACAUUGAGCAUGCCACGCUGAUCAGCACCCUCAUGGUGGCGCUGCAAUGCGGCAAGACGGUCAAACUGGAGCAACAUGUGCCGGAACUGUGUUUCUAUGAGGACGAAACGUACAAUAAAGUGGAACAAAGCAUCCUGCGCCUGGACUCCUGGGUGCGCAUUCGCCUCUCAACUGAGCUGGGCUCCAAUCUGAUCAGGCUGCGCUCCCACAUUGCCCAGGAGUUUGAUGAAAUGAUCUCCUCCCGCACCAUGGUGCCCUCGCGCUGUCCAUCCGUCGACUAUGUCCAGAAACUGCUGGACCUCGACGCCGACCUGUCGGGCCUAACCGCCACAGACAUUGAGUUUUACUGAGAAGACCAGA